GGCGGUCCCCGACCCACCUCCCCCGCCUGUAUAAUGGGCCGCGAGCCGCCGCACUGAUUGAGCCGCUGCCGCAUUAGCAAAGGGCGGGGAGCGCUCCGCCGCCGAGCCCUGAGCCGCCACAGGAGGCGGCCGCGGCGAUGUUGGGGCCGCGCUGAGCGUGGGGUGCGAUGGCCGAGGAGCCGGCACUGAGCCCGGAGUCGGUGCUGCGGUUCCUGGCGGCGCGGGGCGGGCGGGCGCCGAACGCGGAGCUGCUGGAGCAUUUCCGGGGCUGGCUGAGCCCCCCGGAGCCGGAGCGCCGCGCCCGGGCCCGCCAGCGCUUCAAGGAGCUGGUCAACGCCGUGGCCACCGUGCGCCUGGAGCCCGGCUCCGGCGCCAAGUACGUGCAGCUGCGGCGGCGCUACCGGCCCGCGGGGACCCCGGCUGCGGACAAGCAGGACUCGCCGCCCGCUGACCAGCCCCUCGAACCCGGCGGCAGCCAGGCCGCCGCCCCCCUCGAUCCCCCAGCGGCGUCCGGGCCCGAGCCGCUGCCUGACAUCGCGGACACCGCCCCCGUAGAUCCCCCAGCGGCGCCGGAGCUGCUGCCCAGCAUCGCGGUGACCCCUGAGGAGGAGGCGGACUCGGUACAGCGGAGCCGGGACUCCUCGCCUUGCCCCGAGGGGCAGCCGGGGGAGAUCGCGCCAGCUGCCUUGGGGAAGCCGGGCCCCGAGGAUGGGGCGCUUCGGGAGAAGGGCCCGCAACAGCUGCCCCAGGCGGGGAGCAGGAGUGACUUGCCCCGGCUGGGCCAGGUGCCCCCGGGCGGCGGCAGGAAGAGGAGCUCGCGGCACAAUGUGGCCCGGGGGCUGCAGCCGGGGCACGGCGCGGAGGAGCCGCUUGCCCCUGCCCGGCUUGCCGAGGAGGAGGGGGCCGAGGCCGGUUCCGGCUCUCCCUGCUCCCCGGGUAGCUCCGGCGGGGGUGCCACCCCUAGGUCCAGCCGUAAGAACUUCCGCGAGUUGAUGAUGGGCAGCUCCCCCCAGCUGAAACGAAGUUUCUUCCCCGGGGCCCCCCGAGCCCGCGGGGUGGACUCGGACAGCGCCUCGCUGGCCUCCUCCUCCGCCGAGGAAGAGAGCGGCGGGGGGAGCUCGGUGGCGCUGGACCCCCUGGAGCACGCCUGGAUGCUGUCAGCCGCGGACGGCAGGUGGGAGAGCCUGGAGGGGUUGCUGAGCAGCGAGCCGGGGCUGCUCUCCAAGCGCGACUUCAUCACCGGCUUCACUUGCCUGCACUGGGCCGCCAAGCACGGGCGCCACGAGCUGCUCGCCAUGCUCGUCAAUUUCGCUCACAAGCAGCGGCUGCCCAUCAACAUCAACGCGCGCACCAGCGGCGGGUAUACGGCGCUGCACCUGGCGGCCAUGCACGGCCAUCUGGAAGUGGUCAAGCUGCUUGUGGGGGCCUACGACGCAGACGUGGAUGUCAGGGACUACAGUGGGCGCAAGGCCUCCAACUACCUGAGCCAGAGCACCACGGAGGAGAUGCGGAUCCUGGUGGGGGCCCUGCAGGAGGAGGGCGAGGGCGCCGCGGGCAAUGAGAGCGGGCGCUGGAGACUCUCCAAGGUGCUCCCCUCCAACCUCAUUACCUACAAACUCUCCCACCACCACCAGGGUGAGGAGACUGAGCCCAGCGAAGGGGCAGCGGCCCUGGGCAAGGGCAAGGAGAUGAGUAGGAAAGCCUCAACUAGCGGCAGGAUGAAACCACGGCUCAACAAAAUCCGAUUUCGCACCCAGAUUAUCCACACCACCCCCUCUUUCCGAGGGGAGGCUGAGGAGGAGGAGGAGCAGGAGGAGAAGCCACUGAGAACGUCCUUCAAACUCAGACCCAAAUCCAAUGUUUUCGGUUAAGCAGAGAAAUAAGCAGUAUUUAAAUCAGGUGUGUAACAUGCUCCUGAACCCAUUGAGCAUGUAGUGCAGAAGAGAGGUGGUGUUUGCAGGCCUGUGUGAGUGACAGUCCCUCAUCCAGACUCAUGCAUUCUCCGGAGAUAAAGCAAAAUGUCUUGUUUUAACUCCUGAGUUUCAUGAAGUGUAAAUAUCUGCAGGGCUCUUGGGAUGUAGCAGUUUCCAGGAAAUAGCUGCUUCAAGCCAAGCAAUGGGGGGCUUCACAUACUUAAGAGCUGUUUCCUUAAAAGUACAGCCAGGGGCAGUGGGUCUGUAAAGAAGUGCUGGGUGUGUAAAAUCUGCAGGCCCCUUCUUUUUAGAAGCUAAGCAUCAGGGUCUGGUGUAUUUAUACUUUUGGUUUUAAAGUGAGUUGGAGGGGAGACAUGAGAAUCCAAAACUUUACAUUUCACUACUAGAUUAUCAACUGGUACUAUAUAUUACUCUUCAUGGACAGCUAACUAUUUAAGUAGAAUUUCUUAAAUACAUUCAUGUAUUUUUUUUUAAAGUCUCUCUUUUUCUAAUGGCAAUACCACAGGAUUAAAUAGAGUUAAGUACAAUACGUGGCUGGUGUGUUGAAACUGCUCUGCUGACUGUCAGGAUGUCUGUAGACAUUUGGGCUCCGGUCCUCAAAGACUUAAGAUCAGUCUUAACUUUACCUGUUCAAAUCACAUAAUUCAAAUAUGGAAGUCAAUGGGAUGAGUUACAAAGGGUAUAGUUAAGCUUGGUGUAAGUCUUUGCUGCUUAAUUGAGGUACUACUGAACUCUAAUAGAAUUGGAAUGCUAAUGCAGAAUAUAGUAGCAUGAAUGAAAGGUCUUUUAUACAUUGAAUAACUACUAAUUAAGUUCUGUAUCCAAGCAAUUUUUCUUUUAUAAUCACUGUGAACUCUCAAAUACUACAUCUAGUAUCAUUUGAGUUAUUGAUCUUUGAUCUGUCGCCAACACUACACUAGAGUAAUAGCAACAUAUUUUCAGUUGAUAUAAUUAUUUUUAUUCAUGUAAAACUAGGUAAUUAUGCCACACAUCUCCUCCAAGAAAAUCACUUUUCCUUAAAAAGGAGUAUAGAUGCUGUUGUAUGAGAGCUUCAUAAAACCAAUAAGAUAUUGAAAUGCUAUAGUACUGUUCUAUGCAUUCAAUAAUUGUGUGCUGUAGUAUCUACUGGCUCCUUCAGUGUAGUAUAUGCAGAAAUGCUUACAAACUAUGGUAGGGUGAAGGACCUAGGAACUCUUUUCUAAGGCCAUCUCUGUCCCUGUUUGUUUAGUGUAUUGAGUAAAAGCUGCUUAA